GUUGAUUUGAUUGCAAACUGUCUAGAUGAAAUCCCACCCGUGCAUUGUAAAACCACCACAAAGUGUAGUUGGGAUUUCAUGCUCCCACCACCAGGGAUGCCGAGGAGAACAGCAUGGAACAGGAAUGCUCUUCCUGGCCUCAGUAAGCAUGAGAUAGCCGUCUCGGGCAGCAGGCACUGGUGGGGCAAGGCUGACCCUUUCAGUGUGGUGGCUGCAUCCUUGGUGAGCCAACUGUCUGACCAGCAGAUGAGUGAGGCACCUCUCAGCCAGUUCAGAGGUAUGUAUUUACCUCCUGCCCUGCACCCUUUAAACAAGACAUUAGUCAAGGGUGACAAGUGGAAGGACGUGGCUAGCAUCCAGGAAAAGCGCAGGUCCUUCCUGCAGAACUUCUGUAAGAAGUAUAACAGCAGAAAGAAGCUGCAAACCCAUCUUGUGCACCUGGUGUCAAGAAUUUAUGUGGAGGACAGGCACAAGAUCCUGUACUGUGAAGUGCCAAAAGCAGGCUGCUCCAAUUGGAAAAGGGUCCUCAUGGUGCUCAAUGGACUCGCGACCUCAGUACACAACAUUUCCCAUGACGAUGUGCACUAUGGAAAACAUCUAAGGAAACUGGAUAGUUAUGACCUAAAAGGGAUAUACACACGCUUGAACACGUACACCAAGACUAUAUUUGUACGUGAUCCUAUGGAAAGACUGGUAUCUGCUUUCAGGGAUAAGUUUGAACAUCCAAACAGCUAUUACCAUCCAGUAUUUGGGAAGGCAAUAAUUAAAAAGUAUAGACAUAAUGCAAAUGAAGAGGCAUUGAAAACAGGAUCGGGAGUUAAGUUCAAGGAAUUUAUCCAAUAUUUGUUAGAUUCCCAUCGCCCAGUAGGAAUGGACAUUCAUUGGGAACAAGUCAGUAAGCUCUGCUAUCCCUGCCUCAUCAACUAUGAUUUUAUAGGAAAGUUUGAAACCCUGGAAGAAGAUGCCAAUUACUUUUUGCAGCUGGUAGGUUCUCCAGCUGAGCUGAAGUUUCCUAAAUUCAAAGACAGACAUUCCUCUGAUGAAAGAACAAGUGCAGAAGUAGUGAGGCAAUACUUAAAGGAAUUGUCUAAGGAGGAGAGACAGCUGACCUAUGACUUCUACUACUUGGAUUACUUAAUGUUCAAUUAUACAUCACCAAUUGUAUAG